AUGCCCACUAUACUAUCUGUUUCUGGGGAUGUGCAGGAAGCUAUCAUAUUGCAUCUCUCCAUAUCGGACACAGGCGCACUGGCAGAUACUUGCACUUUGUUGAAGCAGCAAGUGUUAACCAUUACAAACACCUCCUGGCAAAGGAUAGAACGCAAUUCGCUACGUAGAAUAAUUCGGAUGAUAGAGGAUUCCGAUUCCGGGGGUAACUACAAGAAAAGGAAACACACUGUAGUCAUCCAUGACGAAUUGUCAGCUCUGCUCCUCAGAGUUGUUAAUACCACAGGUGUUAAGAGUGCACUGGCGCUAGUACAAUCACAUCCGUCUCCGCGAUUUGUACAGUCUAUAUUCUCAGUGGCUGUCUCUUACGGCUUGAGCGAGCUGAUUUUGAGUAUGAUUAUCAGCGAGGCGAUAGACUUCAGGACUCCAUAUCGUAUGCUUUACAAGCAUGCAAGCAUAUCUGUUCUGGCUGAUGUGUGGGCAAGCGUACUUUUCUGGGAUACUCUUGUUAGCAAUAUAAAUUCGACAGAAGAGUAUACCCGAGACACCACAGAGGACAUCGAUGUCUCUCUGGCUGUUCCUCAAAUAUUUAUACUCGGCUGCACACCCAGACUACUAUCACAUUCGCCACAGACUGAUAUUAAUUGCAAUGAGCCUACAAAUCCGCAUGAUAUUGGCACGAUGUAUGGCUUGCAGCAAUGUCACGAACAAACACUCAGAGAUGUCAGUGCGAAAACUGCCAACUGGUACACGAAUCAGCUCCCAAAAUUCAAUCUUGAUGGCACUAUGGUAUCAGAACAUAUGCUCAAGAGUGUGUCAAGCGCACUGACAACCAAUGAAUCGUUCCUGGUCGCAUGGGAGUACGGUGGCGAGGACGCGGCAUACCUAUUGGUUAUGCGCGUGCGUACUAUUCCGGAUGAUUGUGAACUGCACUUUAAAUAUACAUGUAAACUGGCCAGACACUGUGCUAUGCUGCAACGAAUAGUUAGAGGCUUGGUAGAACUUGGUCAGACAUAGUCAGCAAACGACCACAAGAGCCGACAGUGGAAUGUUCGAUUAGCCCUACUUGACAGCGAAGUAUGAGCCCAAGUUGCGAGACAU